CCUCUGCUAAUAAUUUAGAUCACUUUUGAAAAUAACCGCUUUAGCCGACUACUUUUUCAAGACCAUCGAUAUAUCGAUUAUCAGUCAGCUGUUUUCUGAACUUCCAUCUUCAGAAGUUAAAUGUAAAUUUGUUGGGCAAAAAAUUGUAAAUACUCUUCAAUUAAAACAGAUUUUUCAAUGGCAGACGAUCCAAACAAACCCUCCACCUCGGCGAAAGCGGACGAAGCCCCCCUGUUUCCUCCCGCCAAACCUGGAAAACGAGUGGACUAUGGGACAAACAACACAUUGGAGCUGCUGGAGCGGAUUCCCAGCCAGGUGGUGGAUCUCAAACUGGACGAUGUCCUCACCGCCGUCAAGGAGGUGGACAACCUCUGCGACUAUCCCCGCUGCAAGACCAAAACGAGCUUAAUGGGCCAAGACUGUCAGCACUGCAAGAAGAGAUUUUGCUUCAAGCACGGACUGCCCGAGGUUCACGGAUGCGGCGAGGAGAUAAAGCGGGACGAGCGGAAGAAGUUCCUGCACCCCAAGCCAGCGAAAACAAUAAGGCAGGAGGAGGAUGUCAAGAAUGCCAAGAAGCGACUGGAUGCCAAGCUAAAGGAUAUGCAACAAGGACGCACUCAAAAGGCCACUGGCGGGGGUUCCAAGAAGAAGAAGGGAAAAUAGUAAUAUAUUGGCUCAAUUUAGUGUAUUUGAUAUUUAGAAACCCAAGAUGAUGGUACUUUUUUCAAAGAAUAGAUCAAAAUCCCAGUAUCACAACUCUA